UUUUUUUUNUCACAUCCCCGCCGGAAGUAUAGUGUUAGUGUGCUGCUGACUUCAAUCAGCGUAAAAGAUGAAAGUUGUCACAGUCUACUUCCCACAGAAGGGUCCAGAAUAACUCACUGCAGGGGACUUAGGCGGAGGCUUGUGGCAUUGUGGCUCCCCGCUGUCUUCAAAUUGCUUCUUCUCCCAUUCUGACAGGAAGAGAGCAAUUGGUCGUCACGAUGAAACUUAGACACAAAAAUAAAAAGCCAGGUGAAGGCUCCAAGGGCCACAAGAAGCCUGCAAAGCAAAAUGGGAAGAAAGCAGCCUCCAAAGUACCCUCUGCACCUCAUUUGGUUCACUGCAAUGGUCAUGCCAAUCGAGAGGCUGAAUUGAAGAAGAAGAGGGUUAAGGAGAUGAGGGAAUUGCAGCAAGCUGCCCGGGAGCAAGAAAGACAAAAACGCAGGACCAUGGAGAGCUACUGUCAGGAUGUCCUGAGACGCCAGGAGGAGUUUGAGCAUAAGGAGGAAGUUUUGCAGGAAUUAAAUAUGUUUCCUCAGCUGGAUGAUGAGGCCACGAGGAAGGCUUAUUACAAGGAGUUCCGUAAGGUGGUGGAAUACUCUGAUGUGAUUCUGGAGGUCCUAGAUGCCAGAGACCCAUUAGGCUGCCGCUGCUUCCAAAUGGAGGAGGCUGUCUUGCGAGCCCAAGGCAACAAGAAGCUGGUCCUGGUCUUGAACAAGAUUGACCUGGUCCCCAAGGAGGUUGUGGAGAAAUGGCUGGAUUACCUUCGGAAUGAGUUGCCAACCGUGGCUUUCAAGGCCAGUACCCAGCAUCAGGUCAAAAACCUGAAUCGUUGCAGUGUACCAGUAGAUCAGGCCUCUGAGUCAAUGCUGAAAAGCAAAGCCUGCUUUGGAGCUGAAAACCUCAUGAGGGUUCUGGGGAACUAUUGCCGCCUUGGUGCAGUGCGCACCCACAUUCGUGUGGGCGUUGUGGGUCUUCCCAAUGUUGGGAAGAGCAGCCUGAUCAAUAGCCUGAAGCGCAGCCGCGCAUGCAGCGUGGGAGCCGUUCCUGGGAUUACCAAAUUCAUGCAGGAGGUCCACCUGGACAAGUUCAUCCGGCUGCUGGAUGCUCCAGGCAUUGUCCCAGGGCCCAACUCUGAGGUGGGCACCAUCCUGCGUAACUGCGUCCACGUGCAGAAGCUGGCAGACCCUGUGACCCCGGUGGAGACCAUCCUGCAGCGCUGCAACCUGGAGGAGAUUUCCAACUACUACGGCAUCUCUGGGUUCCAGACCACUGAGCACUUUCUCACGGCAGUGGCCCACCGUUUGGGGAAGAAGAAGAAGGGAGGCGUAUACAGUCAGGAACAGGCAGCCAAAGCUGUCCUAGCUGACUGGGUCAGCGGGAAGAUCAGCUUCUAUAUACCACCACCACCUACUCACACUCUGCCCGCCCAUCUCAGUGCGGAGAUCGUUAAGGAAAUGACCGAGGUCUUUGACAUCGAGGAUACUGAGCAGGCCAAUGAAGACACCAUGGAAUGCUUGGCCACUGGAGAAUCUGAUGAGCUGUUGGGUGACACGGACCCACUUGAAAUGGAGAUCAAGUUGCUCCAUUCUCCGAUGACGAAAAUAGCAGAUGCCAUUGAAAAUAAAACCACCGUGUAUAAGGUACCUGUCCUCUUUGUUCAUGGCAAUCCUCGUCUCUCCCUAGGGUUCUGGGAAGUGGUUGGUCCCUUUUACCUGACUCCCAUGUCAUGAGAUGUGGGAGGUUCA